UAAAGGAAGAAGAGAGCUAGCACAACAGGUACAAAAAAAUGCUGCAUAUCUUGAUCAGUAGGUCGUUGAGGAUGACGUCAGCACGGAAGCAGAGAUAAAUAUUAUUUCAGAUACACCACCAUGGCACAGAAACAUCAACCAACAGUCUGAUUAAUGACAGUACAACCCAAGGGGCCAUCCCUCAAACUAUAUGAGUGAGAACACAACUGUGUUUUAGUUAGUUACUUACUUAUUUAUUUAUUUAUUUUUUACAUGCAGACCACUUUGUUAGAUAAUAUUUAACUAGACAAUGGUCGAUAAUCGCUAUGCCACCGCUCUAGUCAUUGGCUCGGUGCUGAGUCUACUGGCCACAGUGUACCUAUCUGUGGCGGUGGGAACUCAGCACUGGUACCAAUACAGCAGUCCACCCAUUAAACAUGAUGGGACCAACAUCUCUGCGCUCCGGGACGAGUUUGUCAAUGGAGAGUUUGAUGAGAAGGCUUACAGCGACACCAUGUUCCGCCUGAACGGCACCCUGGGACUUUGGUGGAGAUGUAUAAUGGUUCCCAGCCAAUCACACUCACACUGGUACAAAGAACCAGAGCCCAAGAUGGAGACCCAGUGUGUGAGCUUCACUCUUCCUCAGCAGUUUGUAUCAAAGUACAAAGAACCUGGAAAUCACAACAGCGAAGAGGAUCUGCUCAGGACAUACUUGUGGAGGUGCCAGUUCCUUUUGCCUUUGGUCUCACUGGCCUUGGUUUUCCUCAGUGGGCUCGUUGGGGUUUGCGCCUGUCUGUGCCGCAGCUUCACUCCCACUUUGGGUGUAGGAGUACUCCACCUAGUCGCAGGUCUGUGUUCUCUGGGGGCUGUGUGCUGCUUCCUGGCCGGGAUGGAUUUGCUCCACCUGCCGGACGGGGUGGACGGCUCACUGGGCUGGUCUCUCUACCUCGCACUGAUCUCCUUCCCUCUGCAGAUGAUGGCAGCUGCUUUGUUUCUUUGGGCGGCCAGGAAUCACCGUAAGAAUUACACCCGUAUGACUGCGUACAGGGUGGCCUAAAGCAGACUGCACUGACGGUGUACCUUAAAGCAACACACUACUCUGAAGCCUUGACAAGUGCUUUCAGUUUCGUUGGUUACAUUCAUGGGUUUUUCCACAUCCACCCUAACAGUCUGUAAAUGUUGUGUCAUCACACUUCACUUCUGAUCUAAAUGCCUACACUCUCCAUCUUUGGCCAACUGUCAAAAGUGCUUUUCCCUUUCUUUUACCCAAAGCAUGUCCUUACAUUAGCGAGAACGUAUUUUUGAUGUUUGAGUGUGGUGUUUGAUGGCCUUGUUUUAAUUUCCAUUUCUUUUACAGCUGCUGUCUGCUUUGUACUCAGUUUGUGAAAUUGCUCGCUGGCUUCACACGUGCAGUGUGUUUUAUUUUUUCAGGUCAGGGUGCCUGUCUGUUUUUGAACGUCUUGAACAUCUUUUUUUGUUAUUUUGAGACUUUUUUUUCUGUAAUCCUAUAUGUUGAUCCUGUGUGGUGCCUGUUCACAUGACUCCGUGGUAAUUCUGUGGUGUGUAUUGAGUAAAUGUCACUCACUGAACUAUAACCACUGUUUUCCUGUGUUUAGUAAUGUCAUUUAUUGUUAAAUUUGAUGCCACUCCAGCCUGUAUUUUAUUAUUAUUAUUAUUAUAAGGUUUCAGCAUCAAUUUGUACUACUGCCAUUGUAUAUUUGCCAUUUUUACUCUGACACUGCAUGUCUAACCCAAA